UGGGCAUGAUGAGGAUGAAUCAGAGGUUGGACUAGAUGAUCCUACAGAUCUCUUCCAACCUUAACGAUUCUAUGAUUUUAGAAUUGUGGCUUCUGUCCUAGGAAAUGCCUUUUUAAAGCCUUGAUAAACCCUUUUGAUGAUGACAGUAGCUGAGGGUAGUGCUGCUUACUGCAGGCAGCAGAACUGAAUUACUGACAUCUCAUGAUAGUGGUGGAGCUAUGGGACACCUGGAAGAGAGAUGCCUCAGAAUGGACUGGUCCUCCAGCACAAUAUCUAAAUUUUAGCUGCUUAAUAGUAGGGUACAGUACUGUUAACGAUGUAAUGCUGCUUACAUUGUAGAUAAAAUCUAAAAGUUUUUAGUGUGCGGAUCCCUAAGUACAUGAGAAUAUAUCAGAUGCUUGCAGAAGGCUGAUCUCAGAUCCCACAAGCAUCCCAUUAACUGCUGACCUGACAUUUAUCCAGAAAGUUCCAGCGCUGCCUUGUAAGUACCAUCAGAACAGUGUUUGUGAACCUAUCAGAGACAGCCCUGUAACAAGUGGCCCUUGGAAGAAGGAGGAAUGAUAAUGUGUGCAUUUCUUAAUAUGCAUUAACAAAAAUAUGGGGAGAAACAUACAAUUUUACAUAUUAAAUGAUGAUCUUAGAGAAUAUUUGAGUUUGAGAUAGUAAGAUGCAUAAUAAGGAAGAAAGAACACUUAAAAAUAAAUUGCAUUAAUAUAGCUAACUUCAUAUUUCCAAUUCCAAGAAUGCCGCCGCCGCUGCUGCAGUAAAUAAAACAUAAGUUACCAUUUUUACACUUUGUGAAGUACAUCCAGGAUGAUAAAAGCUUUUAUUGAUGUAGUAAAUAUUAGUUGCUGGCAUUUAAGAGUAUUUGAUGUUUUUGGUGGCUGUUUCACUGCGUGUUUAAUGCAAUGUCAGAGCCUGGUGUUGGUCUUCCGAGUUGUGGUUAUUACUCACAUGCACUCUGACGAAGCUGUUCUGGAAGAAUAAUGUUCCAGCAGUUCAGUGCUUGUGAAGGUAAGCUGAGAGGGUAAGCUCCAGCUGGUGUGGGCAGGUGGGAGAUUGGGAGUUCUUCCCAUGGAACUUGUCAGAGAAAUGCCAGAGGUUUAGGCUGGCUUAGUUUUCCUUGGUCAUCCAAAAGCUUCAGGCUAUGUUAGGAGGAAAAAUGGUGGUAUGUGGGGGGACUUUUCCAGCCCUUAGUCCACCAAGGGUGCGUUUUAUAUUUGAAACGUACAUCUGAAGAUGUGAGAAAUCAGGAAAUGUUUCACCGAAAUCUGCUUGGCUCGGGAAACAAGCAACAAGGGAGGUGGCUUUUUGUUUUUCUUUAAAGCCCAAUUUCCUAAGGAAAGUGAUUGAUGCUGUUUCCCUGUUUCUCCUUUUUCUCUCAUUCUUUCCUUACAUAUUUGCCAAUAAAUUUGAAGUCACAGACCAAUUGCAGCCAUGUUUGUAGGAGGGAUAGAAAUCUCAGACUGUCAUGUUCCUACAGUUUUGGGGAAGAUAAACAAUCUGGGUAGAGAGAAACCUGUCCGUACCCUUUCGAGAGAGAGAGAGAGAGAGACGCUGCGCUGCAAGUUUGACACUGAUGAGGUUUUCAGCAUGUGCUGGGUCUCUGCUGUGCAGGAGGUGCUUGGGUGUAGGCGGGCUUGUUACUGUGGGGGAGCGGGAGUGCUGAUGAAAGGCAGAGCUAUAGGAACUGUGCCUUACUGUCCGUUAAAUGGGUAUUUUGAUCAUUAUCAUUAGGAGAUACUGUAGGUACUGAAGUUUAUAGCACUGUGUUCAACUUGCAAGAUUCGGUUUGGUCUCAGUGGAGAAUUUUGUCCCUUCUGCUGGUAGGUCUAGAGAAAUUUCUGAUAGACUUAGUGGAAGUGGGGGAAACUGAUGAAAAAGUGAGGAAAGUGAGGGUUGCUUACUUUUAAUUCCUGGACAAUUCUCUGCUCAGCAAUGCCAAAUACUCUUUUCAAGACACAUGUAAUGUUUACAAAUUUUGUAGUAUGCAGAAACUUCGAUUAUUACACUAUUUUAUAACAGACAUAUUGUAAUAGAUGUAAAGUAGUUAUGUGGCUUUGACUUGUGCUUAUUUUAAAGUCGUUUUCAUAGUAACAAGUAUUCUGAAGGAAACCAGCUUUUCCUCUGUCUGUGCGUAGAAAAGCAAGUAGCAGCAUGAAUCAUGGCUUCCAAGAACUGUUGGAAUAGCAACGCACAUUCUCCCCCUAUUCACACGCUUUCCUUGCUGUCAAUUUUAAUGAGGUAAUAUGAUUUAAUAAAGCUUUUCUUGCCAUCCGCAGCAGCAACAUUCAUUAUAUGUAAUCAAGCUGCUAUUAGCAAGUGUGUGGUUGAGGGUGAAAGUGGAGUUCAGAACUUUUGUGCUGCUUUCGGUGAUAGCUUGUUAUCAUCUCAGUAGUCUUGCAUAAAAUACAUUUCCUUAUCUAGCUACAAUAAAUGCAAAUUUUCAGGUGAAAAUAUUUUUGUUGAUUGAGGGUUUUUUCAGAUUGUAUUUUUUGCCAGCCUAGCAGCAUUAAACGUUUUGUGCUGUACUGAAGGUUUGCAUGUUUCCCAGAUAAAGGCACAGUUCCAGCCUCGAAGAGCUUGUGAUCUAAAUUUCACUGACAUAGAAAAUGAGGAGAAUGAUCUCAGAAAAGGGGACAAGGAUUCAAAUGAAUAACACUGUGCCAAAAAAGACUUGCUCAUAUGACAUCACAUUUGGACUACUAAAGCUAUCCACCCACUCUUCAAGGCAUAAUGGAUUUCUAGGUAAUUUAACAAAUGCAGUGUGAAGCCCCUUCCUUCAUUUGCAGAAACCUCUGGAAAGUUAUUUGGAUGCUAUAUAUUGAAUGUUGGUGAAAUUAGGUAGUUGUACUGUGGGGAGGAAACACUGAAGGACUUACUGGCAGACACCAGAAUUGUAGAAAAAGGAGGAUACUCCACAUUAUUCUUGAGAAGAAUCAGCAUUUCAUCCCUCAACCAUACACUUUAACAAGUAUAAAAGGCAAACGUACAAAUGUCUACCACAAGACUAAAGUGUGCUAUGUUAUGUUUUUUACCAUAAGCACCCAUAAAAUGAGCUCCAUUGCAGACAGAAAUGAUGGAAGCAUUUUUGAUGGUCUGGUGGAAGAAGAUGACAAAGAUAAAGCAAAAAGAGUGUCUAGAAACAAGUCUGAAAAGAAACGUCGAGAUCAGUUUAAUGUUCUUAUCAAAGAGCUGGGUUCCAUGCUUCCAGGUAAUGCCCGGAAGAUGGAUAAAUCCACUGUACUGCAGAAGAGCAUUGACUUUUUACGGAAGCACAAAGAAAUUACUGCACAAUCAGAUGCCAGUGAGAUUCGACAGGACUGGAAACCAACAUUCCUUAGUAAUGAAGAAUUCACACAGUUAAUGUUAGAAGCUCUUGAUGGUUUUUUUUUAGCAAUUAUGACAGAUGGAAAUAUAAUAUAUGUGUCUGAAAGUAUAACUCCUUUACUUGAACACUUGCCAUCUGAUCUUGUGGAUCAGAGUGUAUUUAAUUUUAUCCCAGAGGGGGAACAUUCAGAAAUUUAUAAAAUUCUGUCUUCGCAUCUGCUGGAAACUGAUUCAUUAACACCAGAAUACUUAAAAUCAAAAAAUCAGCUAGAAUUCUGUUGCCAUAUGCUGCGAGGAACAAUAGACCCAAAAGAGCAACCUACGUAUGAAUAUGUAAAAUUUAUAGGAAAUUUCAAGUGUUUGAAUAAUGUUCCCAAUUCAGCACACAAUGGUUUUGAAGGAACUAUUCAGCGGUCGCACCGGCCUUCAUAUGAAGACAAAGUUUGCUUUAUAGCCACGGUUAGAUUAGCUACGCCUCAGUUUAUCAAGGAAAUGUGCACUGUUGAAGAGCCCAAUGAAGAGUUCACAUCUAGACAUAGCUUAGAAUGGAAAUUCCUAUUCUUGGAUCACAGGGCACCUCCAAUAAUAGGUUAUCUUCCAUUUGAAGUUUUGGGAACAUCAGGCUAUGAUUAUUAUCAUGUGGAUGAUCUAGAUAAUCUGGCAAAAUGUCAUGAGCAUUUAAUGCAAUAUGGGAAGGGGAAGUCGUGUUAUUACAGAUUCCUUACAAAGGGACAGCAGUGGAUUUGGCUACAAACACAUUACUAUAUCACGUAUCACCAGUGGAAUUCCAGGCCAGAGUUUAUUGUCUGUACGCACACAGUUGUAAGUUAUGCAGAAGUCAGAGCGGAAAGGCGGCGAGAACUUGGUAUUGAGGAGUCUCUUCCAGAGAUAAAAGCAGAUAAAAGUCAAGACUCUGGUUCUGACAAUCACAUAAACACAGUGAGUCUCAAAGAAGCACUGGAAAGGUUUGAUACCAGCCCCACACCUUCUGCCUCCUCCAGGAGUUCAAGAAAAUCUUCACAUACUGCAGUAUCAGAUCAUUCAUCAACACCAACUAAAAUGACAGUGGACACUAGCACUCCUCCAAGGCAAAGCUUAUCUGCUCAUGAAAAGUCUACACAAAGAAGAUCAUCUCUCAGUAGUCAGUCUUUAAGCUCCCAGUCUCUUGGACAACCGGUUACACAGCCAACGAUGUCUCAGACUGCUACUUUACAGCUCCAGUCCAGCAUGUCCCAGCCUGUCUUUCAGUUUUCAGCUCAAUUAGGAGCUAUGCAGCACCUAAAGGACCAGCUAGAGCAAAGAACACGCAUGAUAGAGGCAAAUAUCCAUCGGCAGCAGGAAGAGUUGCGGAAAAUUCAAGAACAGCUUCAAAUUGUCCACGGUCAAGGACUCCAGAUGUUCUUGCAGCAACCACCUUCUGGACUAAACUUCAGUUCUGUGCAGCUCACAUCUGGAAAUUCUUCAAGUGUUCAGCAACUUGCACCAGCAAACAUGCAAGGUCAAGUUGUUCAGACUAAUCAGACACAAAGUGGGAUGAACACAGGACAUACAAAUACACCACACAUGAUACAGCAACAGCCUUUGCAGAGCUCUGCAUCACAGCAUAAUCAACAAAAUGUGCUUAGUGGACACAGUCAACAAUCUUCUCUUGCCAGUCAGUCACAGAACACAGUCUCAACACCUUUGUAUAACACUAUGGUGAUUUCCCAGCCAACAGCCGGAAAUGUGGUCCAGGUUCCUUCUAGCUUACCACAGAACAAUAACCAGAAUGCUGCUGCAGUAACUACUUUUACACAGGAUAGACAAAUCAGAUUUUCUCAAGGUCAGCAGCUUGUAACAAAACUUGUCACAGCCCCAGUAGCGUGUGGAGCAGUAAUGGUACCAAGUACUAUGUUUAUGGGACAGGUGGUGACAGCUUAUCCCACUUUUGCUGCCCAACAGCAGCAGCCACAGACUUUGUCAAUAACACAACAGCAGCAGCAGCAGCAGCAAAGUCAGCAAGACCAGCAGCAGCAGCAGCAGCAGCUCACUGCAGUUCAGCAACCAGCUCAGCCACAGCUGACCCAGCACCCACAACAGUUCCUACAGACAUCCAGGUUACUUCACGGAAAUCAGUCAGCUCAGCUCAUCCUCUCUGCUGCUUUCCCACUACAACAAAGCACUUUUACUCAGUCCCACCACCAGCAGCACCAAUCACAGCAGCAGCAACUCUCACGGCACAGAACUGACAAGAUGACGGAUCCUUCCAAAGCGCAGCCACAGUAGCUGGGGGCUCUGCCUCUUUGUGAAGUCAGCUUCUGGGAGGAGGCUGCUCCAUAACCACUUGCACUGAGGUUACAGAGGUAGCAGUACAAAGCCUUUCUAACGCCGCGGUAUUGAGACCUACAGCUAACUUCUGGAAUCUGUUAAGAAAAACCACAAGGUGAUGGCAGGGACGUGGCCAACUGUGAUCGUUGUCCCAGUUUCUGUGCUCUAAAGGGUUUGCUGCCGUGUGUUAAUUUGUCCGGGUGAAAUCAAAAAAUGUGACUGAAAUGAGAGGGAUGCUGAAAAUAUUGGUAUUUUUUAUCAGUUCUGUACAUUUUUAAAGUAUCAAAAUGGACACAGAGCAAUUGUUUGAUUUAGCAGAAAAAAUGCCAGGAAUAUAGUCCGACAAACAUCUAAUUUUUUCAGAUGAUUAUGGGACAGUAAAUAUUUUGAAAAUGUUGUGUGAAAUCCAGUUCUCUGUUGUACAGAUGCUGUAAAAUAUUAUGUAUAUGUCUGCAUAAAAGGAGAAAGAGCAAAAUAUUUUAUAUGAUGCAUGAAAUGUAAUCUGUCAUUUGUAGGUUUGAAUAUGUUUCCCUAAAUUCUCACGCCAUACUCAGACUAACGUUUUCCUCUGUUCUGCCCCUUUGUUUACAACAUGCUGCAUCGUUCCUUUCACCCUCAGUGUGGGCACAAGUCUCUCGUUUGUGCUUUGUCUGUGAUGUCACAGUCUGUUCGGUGAGGUAUAGCGUGGUGGUUAGCUGACUUCUCGAGGUUAAAUUAUUGACGAAGCUGUUUGAACUGGUGAUCAUGCAUCAGGGUUCAGGCUAUUCGGAUCCAUGAGUAUCAUCCAUCGUUUCGUACCUAAUUCAUUUUAUUUGAAAAAAAAUAGGAAUUUGCACUGCUUCCUUGCGGAUGGUUUGGAAUUUUAUUCCCCAAAGCUAUCUUUUGAUAUAGUUCAUAGUUGGAAAUAUUUAUGUAAAAUGUUUAAAAAAAAAACGGUAAUUUUCAAGAAUGUUUCAGUUAUAGGAGUAAUUUGCACAAAAAGAUAUAUUUACAUUUAAUAACCUUUUGGGCACUUUUUAACCACUUUCUCUGUGGUGAGAAUUGUAACUUGUUAAAAUACGUUGGAAUCUUUUUAUUCUCAUUCAAAAAUUAGAUCUUUUCUUUAGUCAGAACUAAUUCAGGGUCAUUUUAACAACGACAGGAAAACCCAUAGUGCCUUGAUUUUAAUUCAGGUGAUAAUGUUGAACAUCUUGACUUACAGUGUCUCGAAUCUGUAACCAUUCUCAAUUUUGAAGUCUUAGUCCAUUGUCAGCCAAACUUGUGUAUCUACUUCAUAGCUGUUUCUGCAUUGUGAUCAUCUCAAUAAUGAUCUGAGUUGAGAACACGAGCGUUUUUGAGUGCUGCUCCCCCUCAAACACUAAGUCAGGAACAGAGGAGUCUCUGCAAUCUCAGACCUUGAAGGUAUUGUUCUCGAAGAUCUAAAAACAGAGAGUGCUCCUUUUGCAGGAGUAGGGAGAGUGACCCAAUUCAAAAUAAUAACAGUAAAAAAUCAUUUCUGUAGUGUUUAGAGUAUGGUUUGGGGGAGACUGUGGUCGAUUCAGGAGGUAUCACUGAACUAAGACUUCAGAAGGCAACUUCACUUUAUAAGGAAAAUAAAAAGUUCCAACAGAUACGAUGUGCUAUUUUAAGUAAACGUUGGGUAGGGUUUUAUGGUACUAGGUUGUGAAAACCACGACUUUAGAGGAAAAUCAAUAAACACAGAUAGAUCUGAGAAUUAAAAUAAAACAGCAAAAGCAGUUAGAAUUAGUAGUAGGGAGAGAAAGCUGGAUUAAUCUUGAAUACUGAGGAGGAGUUGAUUGAAUGUAACCAAAUGGUGACGGACUGUUUUGUACUGUGGAGCAGUGUGAUUGUAUUGCUGGGUGAGCCAAGCCCGCGGGAGGGUGGCACCAGUUCAGUGAGCGCUCGAUGCCGUUGGCGGCAUUUUGGGGCUGGCCUUUGCCUCUGCGAGUGUCCCACCAUGGCAUUUCUGUUGUUCCCCACUUACAGAGCAAGAGUUUGGUACCAAAAAGCACAGUCGUGAACAGGGAAGGAGUGUGAGAAAUACAGUACCAAAGAGAGUUAGAUUCCGUUCUGCUCCAACAGGCCUCGCAGCAAGGAGCAGGUGCCAGCACCAGACGCAGCAAGGAGAAAUUCCCCUUCUCUAAAAGGAUUUCUGCCAUUCUCUGAGCUGGAAUAAGGGUCAGAAGCCCGCUGCUGUAGAGCUCCACGUAACAAAGUUUGCCUUGCUCUGCGCUGCUGCCGCACCAUCCACCUGUUUCUAAAAUAAGCUGCGUUACCGGAGGUCUGUGUUAGCAGCGCUGCUGCUUAAUGGAAGUAGGUUAGAAAAACUGUUAACCAUUUACAGUAAUAACAGAGCACUAAAAGAGAAAUCUGAGAGAGCUUUAAUAGUGCUGUUAGAACUACAGAAUAGUGGUAAAAUAGAUUUAUUAAGCUAUUAUACCGAGAAUUACAAAAAAAUAGAGGUAACAGCCAGCCAGAUAAUGAUGCAGCUUUUUAUAUGAAGCUCCAUUUAAACUUCUCUUCCCAUUUCCCCCCUCCCCAAUACUCUCGUGUGCUGCUAUAGGUCUGUUGGAAAACGCUGAACUAGGUGAGAGAAAAUAGAUGACAGCGAUAGCACGGCUGCUGAAAGAGAAUAAAGAAACGUACGCUUUGAUCAAGAAGCUUUUUGUAACCUCAGAGAGAGGUCAUUCAAUUAUAGAGCUACCAGCCAGGAUACAAAGCAUAGAAGAUGGGGAAAUUCAUAGAAACUGGAAAAAUACCUACCGUGAAUCAGGCAAACUUUGUACAAAAGCGAGUACGUAGAACUUGUUCCAUGUUCUGUGCGAGGAUGCAAAUGCUUUGUUUCACAGCUGCUGACUCAAAGGUGUACGUUUAAGGUGUCUGCGGUUUCCCUCAUUGCUGAAUCAAUUGCUGAAUCAAUUGCUGAGCUGUCCUUGAUUUUAGCGGGAAGAGGACCAGGCUGUCGCCUCUUUCUUAAUCAGCCUUUUGCUUCUGCCUGACUCAUUUACUACAGUCAUAGAUUAUUUGCAACAUCCUAAUCGAUAGCAUGAUAAGGAAUGCUGCGAUGCCGCAGGUUCUGGGGUGCAGACAUUACAGGAUGACUCUGACAGAAGGGAAGGAGUCUGUUAAGGAGAGGGUUGUGUUUGCGAAGACACGGUCUGGUGGUACGGAACGGAGUGAGAAAGAGAGUUUAGAAGACAGACAUUGUUUGCCUGCGAUGGGUGAGGAUUUGAAGAAAUGCUUCUAGGAAAAUUACAGAGAAAAAGAAUAUAUAGCUAUUUUUAUAUUAUAUUUAAUAUAUAUUUGUAUAUAAAUAUGAAAAGAUUCUAGUAGGAGCUCUCCAUAUGCCUUCCAUUUCAUCUAGAAGGUUUACCUUCUGCACUAUGGUUCCGGUGUGUCGCCACUUGUGUGGGCAUCCUGCCUGCUGCCAAACACCAAAAUUAGUAACCCGGUAUCCUUACAACAGGUAGGUUUCAUUUCAGCUUUAUGUAAAAAAGUAAUUAGAAGAAAGCUAUAUCAGGCAGUUUUUCACAGAAAAAGAAAUUCUCUUAAGAUUCAAAUAGCACUUUCUAUCUUUUUUUUUUUUUUUUUUUGGAGUAAUAAGAAGCACUUUACUGAAAAGACUAUUUGAAAACCAGUUUCUUUCUUUAGUCAGUGAAACUGUUGGGGGGGCAUCAAGGAAUAACAUGCAUAAAACUGUCAAAGAGAGACAUUUCUGGAAAAUGUUUCUUUAAUAUGGAGAUCCUUUGAGGCUCAAAGUGCAAGAUGAAAAAGUCUUCUAGAAUUGGUUGGCUUUGUGUUUCACAUGGUGUGGGGAAAGGAUGAACGAUUACGGCUUUUACGUUGCACAGUUGCCUAUGAGAGAGACUCAUCUGGAGGCCCACCUGCCUGCUCAGUAAUUCUAAGUGUCCCUUAGGAUUAUAACGUGUGUGACAGUGUACUGAAGGGUUAAAGAUGUGGCCUUUUGCAGAUGCUGAAGUCAAUUCAAAAACCAUUUCUGUGUUCAGAGAACUUAACCCGGGUAUUGUGAUGAGUGUUGUAGAUGUCGUGGCACUGGGAGAUGUCAGACGUCAGAUUCACGAGUUUCUCUAUUUGAAAUCAUUAUUAAAAUUAGAUGUACAGUCAGAGGACUGGAAAAAUGGUUAUUUUGAUUAAAAGGAGAGAGACUAGUUUUAAUAAUUUUUAUUUUUUUACUUAUCCCUGGUGGAAGAAGUUGAAAGAGUUAAAUGAGUUUGGAUUAAAAAAGACGUAUUUAAACCAAUUAUAGUAGGUGAGACAAGUGUGAGCAAACACUUGAAAUUGUUGUGGUUGUCCUGAGACUGGAUGGUUGCUUUUUCAGUAUCGUGAUUUUUAACACUACAUUCCUUGUCUUUCUUUUUUUUUAACCAGGUGAUUUAAGCUCUGUUACACUUCAUGCUGUGUCAUCUGCAUGAAUUGUGCCAGCAUGAUACGCUCUAUUCAGAGAAAUUGUACCUAAAUAAAAAGGAGGGAAAAAAAAAACACAAAACAAAACACUGUGUCUGAACAAAAUACUGUGUGGCCUAUACAGAGACCCCAGCUAAGACUGAGAGAUGCUGCAUUAAUAGACAAUCAAUGGGUAAAUUAUUUAUGAAACACUUUCGGGAAUGGUCUUAAAGAUGUUACUGCUUUGAAAGCAGUUGGUGAGUCGUGUUUUCUAAGAAGAAAGGUAAAAACUAUUUAUUUUAAAAUACAUCAGAUUGGAUGUUGAGUUUUUAAGCAGUGUUGAUUUCACGGUGUCUCGGGUUCCAGUUUUGUUUUGUAUUUUUUGAACUGGCAUUAGCUUUGUAUUCGUUCACCAACAACCCCUAGUGCCGCUCAUAUUGACGUCAGGAAAUGUAGAUACAGUUCCCUGGUGUUCGUGUGACCAUUACUAACUGUCAAUUUUUUUUUAAUUGAAUAAAUGUAACAUUUAAAAUUUUGCUUUUUGUAGCUCCUAAGGUUCUAGAAGUUUGUUUUUUUCUGAGUUCCUUAAUGUCACUUCAGUAAGAGUUUCACGGUGAAGUGCUGUCAUACCCUUUCCACAGAUGUAACAAAGGCACUCUCUACCCCCAACGACUGACGUGUGACAAGUUGCUUGAUGUCAAUUUUACCUUCUCUCCCUCCCCAGAGAAAUGACUUGUGAGACUUCAGUAAAAAUGCAUACCGUA